AUGACGAGCACGAUGCUGCGCCGGGUGGUGGCAGGAGGAGGAGGCGGUGUGGUUCAGCGGUGGCUGGAUGGAGCUUCCAGGAGGGGGGGGUUGCUGAUGGCGCUGGGGGGCGGGAGUGAUCGGCCGCAGCUGCGAUGGUAUGCGCGAACUGAAGAGGAAAUGCGGGCUUUUGAGAAGCGGCGGACCGAGCGACAGCAGCGCGGUUUGCCCACCAAGCAAGCCCUUCCCUCCGUCAAGCACGUGGUCUUGGUCUCCUCGGCCAAGGGCGGUGUGGGCAAGUCCACGACCGCCGUCAACCUCGCCGUGGCCCUGACCCAGCUUCCUGAGCUCGUCCACAAGACCCACUCAUGUAACAAACCUCUGUGCGCUGCCAGCAUGUCCAUGGGCUUCCUGGUCAACAAGGAAGACGCCAUGAUCUGGCGAGGCCUGAUGGUCAUUAGCGCCAUGAAACGUCUCCUGCAUGGGGUCCGCUGGCAGGAUCUCGACGUCCUCGUCGUGGACAUGCCCCCUGGCACAGGCGACACCCAGCUCUCCAUCUCACAGGAAAUCCCAGUCUCUGGGGCCGUAAUCGUCUCAACCCCUCAAGACGUGGCUUUGGCUGACGCACGCCGGUCAGCAAGGCACUUGACCAUGUUACGCUAA